UUUGAUGAUAUUAUGUUUGAUGGUAUUGAGCAAUGGAGUUUAUUGGGUACGUGCUCAUCUAUUCUAUUACUAAAUUGCAGGAUCUGGAAGCUCCAUCACAUGCUGUGUUUUUUUCGUUAUCCAUUACCUAUGGCUUUUAGUCCUGAUCCCUGCCCUGUAUUGUGUAGAAAAAAACAUUGCAAAGUUUGGGAGAGUUAACUGGUCAAGGACAAACCAAUUUCAGAAAUCUAAUUGCAUCAGAAGCAGAAUUUAGACGGAAAUUGGAGAACAUGAAGACUUUCACUUAUUGGAAAUGGAGUAUGUUAACUUACCAUCCUUAUUUGAAAAAUUCCUCCAUUUCGAGUUGCUAAUGCUUCAAUCAAUCGUUCAUGCUAGUGCAUUGGUUGAGAGUAGAGCUUUGAGAGGCUAAAGAAAAAUUUUGACGUAUUGAAAUACGUCUGCAUACCUUACUGCAUGUCGUAUUUUGGACAAUAAGAGUCAUUUACUGCAAUACAUUUGAUUAAAUCUGCUUAGUUGGCAAGCAGGUACUGUGGGUUAAACCCGUUAUCGAGAGUGCUACGACAAAAAUACUCUUUGUGGUUACGGCGGUUCCUGGUGGGGCUCUUACAUAUGCCAUUGUGUUCAACAUAGAUACCAUAGUAGUGAAGCUCAUCAGUGGACGCAAAGUCCGGAAUGAAUGGUUGACUUCAAUAUAUCGGGUUGGCAUAUCUGCCUUCAAGGUUUAUUUGGCACGAAUGUAUGGCAAAGAGGCGUCGGAGGUGCGAAGACUGUAGGCUAACUAGAAGCAUAGGUGGACUUAGACUUCUAAAUGUCGAGGAACUUACCACUAAGAGCGAAACAUGUAUUGAGCAUAUAGAUGAAAAUUCU